UGACGUCCCGGCCCAGACUCCAUUAGGCUGCAGCUAGGCAGAAGAGCCUCAAACCGACCAGCUAGUGGAGAGGAGCGGGUUGUGUACCUGGGGCUGCCAGGCGGGGGCUGUUUCGGGCCGCGUUCUCUGGCGGGACCGUAGAAAGGGUAGCAGCAGCUGCUGCUGUCUAACAGCCGCGGGGAGAGGAACAGCUCCCCGUUCCUUACCCCGCCACCUCCCCCAUCCCACCCUACCCCCUCCUCCCCUUCCUCACUCCCCUCCCCCCCCGGCUUCCCACCACGGCCGCUCUCGGCGAGGAAACUCUGGCCUCCGCUUCCUCCUCCUCCGACUCGGACACCGGCGGAGCCUCCCCGCCACCGCGGAAGAAAGCGCGGGCUUCCCCGGCGGCGGCGGCGGAGGGAGCAGGAGAGCCCGGGGCUUCCGCGGGCAGAGCAGGCCUCACCUCGUCUUCAUCCCCCUCGCUCUCCUGCGGGCUUGCCCCCCCGGCUGCCACCCCCCUCAGAGCCAGCGGCAGCGCCAUGCAGGCCAACGGAGCAGGAGGGGGUCAGCAGCAACAGCCGCCGCCGCCGCCGCCUUCGUCGUCGUCGUCACAGGGUCCGGAUCUGGGCUGCCUCAACGCCCAAAACGGCGAGGCCUCGUCGGGAUUGACCACUGGAGAGCAGUUAGCUCACGCCAAUGGGUUGCUGCCGUCGGCCAACAACGGCGACGGCGGUGGCGGCUCGAGUGUCAAUAAUGGGGUCUCGGCCCCCGGCGGCUCCGCGCUUGAGAUGGGGGGAGGCAGCGGUGUCGGCGUCGGCAGCAGUGCCCUGAAGAAGAAGAAGAGACUUUCGCAAUCCGAUGAGGAUGUGAUCCGGCUCAUCGGGCAGCACCUCCACGGUUUGGGCCUCAACCAGACUGUUGAUCUUCUCAUGCAAGAGUCAGGAUGUCGUUUAGAACACCCUUCUGCCACCAAAUUCCGCAAUCAUGUCAUGGAAGGAGAAUGGGAUAAGGCUGAGAACGACCUGAAUGAACUGAAGCCAUUGGUGCACUCUUCUAAUGCAAUUGUGAAGAUGAAGUUUUUGCUGCUGCAACAAAAAUAUCUAGAAUACCUGGAAGAUGGUAAAGUUUUGGAGGCACUUCAAGUUCUGCGUGGUGAGUUGACACCACUGAAGUACAACACUGAGCGCAUUCACAUCCUUAGUGGGUAUCUCAUGUGUAGUCAUCCAGAAGACUUGCGCACUAAAGCAGAAUGGGAAGGAAAAGGAACAACGUCUAGAUCUAAACUUUUGGACAAGCUCCAAACUUACCUACCCCCAUCAGUGAUGCUCCCCCCAAGGCGUCUGCAGAAUCUGCUACGUCAGGCUGUAGAGCUACAACGGGACCGGUGCCUCUAUCACAAUACUAAACUUGAUAAUAAUCUAGAAUCUGUGUCACUACUCAUAGACCAUGUUUGCAAUAGUGAGCACCUAGAAGCCAAGAGGAACAUACGUGGCAAAUUUCAAGUUUGUAGGCUUUACGGUUCUGGAGAUUUCGUGAUUAAUGCGAAACAUUUUCCAUGUUAUACUCAGCAGAUACUUACAGAGCACUGUAAUGAAGUAUGGUUUUGUAAAUUCUCCAAUGAUGGCACUAAACUAGCAACAGGAUCCAAGGAUACAACUGUUAUUAUAUGGCAGGUUGACCCUGAUACACAUCAACUAAAACUGCUCAAGACUUUGGAAGGCCAUGCAUAUGGUGUCUCCUAUAUCGCUUGGAGCCCUGACGACAACUACCUGGUUGCCUGUGGCCCAGAUGACUGCUCUGAGCUUUGGCUCUGGAAUGUACAAACGGGGGAGCUAAGGACAAAGAUGAGUCAAUCCCAUGAGGAUAGCUUAACCAGUGUGGCCUGGAAUCCAGAUGGAAAACGUUUUGUGACAGGAGGGCAGCGUGGGCAAUUUUACCAGUGUGAUUUAGAUGGUAAUCUCCUAGACUCCUGGGAAGGAGUAAGAGUGCAGUGCUUGUGGUGCUUGAGUGAUGGGAAGACUGUACUGGCAUCGGACACACACCAGCGAAUUCGGGGCUAUAACUUUGAGGACCUUACAGACAGAAAUAUAGUACAAGAAGACCAUCCAAUUAUGUCUUUUACUAUUUCGAAAAAUGGUCGGCUAGCUUUGUUAAAUGUCGCAACUCAGGGAGUUCAUUUAUGGGAUUUGCAAGACAGAGUUUUAGUGAGAAAGUACCAAGGUGUUACACAAGGGUUUUACACAAUUCAUUCAUGUUUUGGAGGCCAUAACGAAGACUUCAUCGCUAGUGGCAGUGAAGAUCAUAAAGUAUAUAUUUGGCACAAACGUAGUGAGCUGCCAAUUGCGGAACUGACGGGGCACACACGUACAGUCAACUGCGUGAGCUGGAACCCACAAAUUCCAUCCAUGAUGGCCAGCGCCUCUGAUGAUGGCACUGUUAGAAUAUGGGGACCAUCACCUUUUGUAGACAGCCAGGAUAUUGAAGAGGAAUGCAGUAGCAUGGAUAGUUGAUGGUGAAUUUGGAGCAGACGACUUCUGUUUAACUUAAAUUUAGUCGUAUUUUAAAUGGCUUGGGAUUUGGUGCAAACAAACAUGAUUGAUAGCUGGACAGACAUGCUCAUCAUGAAAAUGAACCAUUUUUUAAGCCCGACUGGGGCCAAACAUUUUACCACCUUGCUUCAUAGUAAACAGUUGAGAUGAAGCACGUCGUUAGAACGUUGUUGGACACCAUGUUGAAGUAACCCCCCAUCGGUUGUGAAGAACUGUGCUACAUUCAGGCUAACCAUUGAACUCCGUAUAUACAUUUUCCCCUUCUGCCAUUUUGUCAGGCAGACUACUGUUCUUGUUGCUCUUCUGUGUAAUGAAGUUUAAAUGCUUGUUUGGAAAACCUUUUAUUUAACAGUUUAGAAAGCUUGAUAGAAAGAGUGCUUUAGUCUGAAGAGUACAUGUUGGAUAGGAAAGUAAUUUCCUUCUCUUGUUUCUCUGAGUCUGCCUUAUUUAGCUCGAGAUCUUUGCAGCUUGGUUCAUGGAUUCUAGCCUUGCCCGUUGCGCAGUAUAUCCAAAUCCAGAUGUAAAACCAGUGAAUGACAUGAAAAGCACUCUCAGUAUCACACUUGACAAAAAGGUUUUGUACUUUUCACGUAGCUUGUAACCCUAUAAAUGGGUGAACAGCACAAAUUUUUUUAAGAAUAAAUUAUUUAUAGCAUUAAAAUGACUUUGAUUUGUAUACUUUGGAAAAUAAACCAGCUUAAAAAGUGUCAUCUACAAGUUAAUGCAGUAUAAUUGGUGCUCCUUCUGAGUGUUGUGUAAGACCAUUUGGCUAGCAGGAGUUUUACACAGAUUAUAUAAAGUAUUAUUUAAAAACAAACCUUUGUUUACCAACAUAAUAAUUUGAAAGCUUUCAGAGUCACCAAUAAAACUAUUACAAUGUAAUUUCUGAAGUUAAUAAAAUGAAAAUUCCAGAUUGGCUAAAACUUGUGCAAUGAUUCUUAUUUGAAACAAAAACUAAAAUGGGAAUGGGAUAAUAUUUUAGGAUCAGUUUCCAAAAUUAGUGGAUUGACUUUGUGAAUUUAAAUAUGUACAUUAUACAAGUGUUCCACAUAAUGUUCACCCGAUAAUUGUUUUCUCAGGGGAUGCUUGUUAAUAGUUUGAUGUUAGGAAUGGGUUGUUGUCUUUAGUUUUUAUAUGCAACCCCCCCCCCCAAUGGCCUGGUAUUUGACCUAUAUAACUGUUUUUAAAUUAAAAGAUGGAAGGACAUAACCUCUGUGUAACAAUGAAAUAAUAACAAUUCAUGUAGAAAAAAAUCAAGCCCAAUCAAGCUAAAAUAAAUCGAAAGCUCUUUAAUUUUGAGGAAAGUCCCAUAUUUGGAAGAAAAUGUACAUUGCUUGAGUUUAAGCAUGGUCUUUAAUACUCAGAUUCUGUGAUAAGCAAUCACAGUCAGUGCACUUCAGUGUAUUUCUUAACUCAGAUUUAGCACGUGCUUAUCUUCAUAGCAUAUGAUUUAAAUCAGUUAUGUCUCACAAAAUUUAUUUUAACUCUACCAAAUUAGGAAAGCUGGUACUCCAAUUACUUAAUGUAAUAACUUAGUUUUUAUAACUCAAAUGACAAAAAAUGUUUUAGAAGACCAGGUUUACAGAAAUCUUUUAAAGUAACAAUGCUUUCCUUUUAUGUUCUCUAAUAGAUUGAACUCUAUAUGUGGCUCAUUUUAUUUCAAUUCAUUUUAUGGAGUAGUGUUUCUUUAUGUUUGCUAUAGUCAAUUCAUAUAUAUAUUCUGUUCAUUUGACAUUAUGUUCUUUUAUUUGAAAUUGCUUAAUAGUUAUUUUUGAGCUUCUGCAAUUCUUAUUUAUUACAGAUACUUGCAGAUACUCCCAUUCAACAUCUUGAAAUGCUUUACAUCUCUAACCAACAUGGUACUGGCACUAAAAUUGCUUAUUAACUCAAAACUAUUUUAGAACAUUAGAGCAAAAAAUCAGGAGUGGCUGAACCUGAAACAAUUUGCAUAAUUUAAUUUCUUCGGGUUAUUCAAAACAAUCUGGUGGUUUGCAAGUAAAAUUUCAUGCAUAGAAUUUAAUGAACAUGUUUGAACCUAUAGUUUACCCUUCUUUGAAAUAUAAUACUAAGGGGAAACUAAAUUAAAAGCACUGAAGUUGAGCACAUUACUUAUGAGUUUACUUCUAAGGAAUUCAAAAAAUACAUAUAAAAGCAUUUCAGAAUGGAAAUGAAUAAGAGUCAUGUUUUGAAAGUGCCACUUCUAAAUGUCACUGCAUAAUGUAAGCUAUGCAGUUCUUAAGUAGCAGCUCUAGAUGUAGAAUUAUCAUUUGUUGCCAGGCUCAACUUCCUAUGACUACAUUGUGAGACUAAUUUGUCCAAUUGUCUCACAGUGUUAACACUGCUAGAACUUUUUGUGGAUGGACAAACAUACCAAUAUUUCUGGCAUGUGGAUUGGAAAGCAUCUGUCACUUUUCAUAUAAACUAAAAACUAAAUUCAUCAUUGUAAAAAGAUAUGGAAGAGGCGUAUCUGCAAUAUUCUUAUUUUCAUACAGUAGAUAUUUCUCAAUCUCAGCUGUAAAUUCUAGAGUAAUCAUUAAUUGUUCAUACAACAGAGAUGAUCUAUGAAAACAUAUUAGCAUUUUGACCAUCUAUUCCAAACUAGGCACACCAACCAUAAAUUAUCUUGCCACAAUGCUUCUCAUCUUUAUCAGGUAAGUCACUUUAAAAAUAGCACAAAAGAGAAAAAAGAAUUUAAUUUUUAUGUAGCCCAUAAAUAGCCUUGUAAAUGUGUAGCUAGCUUUCCUCAAUUUUAAAAUGAGGGGGAACACAAAAAGUUAAUAUGGAGUCACAGGUGGAAAAUUACCCAUUUUUCCCAAUAAUUUCAUUCUGACUUCCAAACUGGUAUUGUUGAAUGACAUUUAAAUAAUGCUAGGUGUUUAGUGCCAUGUUAACUACAAAAAUCUCCCACCCUUUUAAAAUGGCUUAAAAUUAUUUCUCAUACUAAUUUUAUGCUGGCAAUAGAUAUAUUAGGGAAAGGAGAGUUAGUAACCUUUUUAACAGCAGAAGAAUGUCUUAAUUUGUAAUUUGGGGCAGAAAGGGAAAAUAAACCAAUUUUCAGUAAGAUUUGGUGCCCUUUAUCUGUACCCCAAAGCACACAGGUUGCCUCGGAUUGAUGCAUUUCAGAUAAAUUACUAACCAUGUAUCGUUAAUACUCCAUAUAUGUAGAUAUAUAUGUAUCUAUAUAUAUAACUUGCAUUGGCUUGCAUCCAUUUUCAGCUGCCAUACAACAAACCACUUGUAUGACACAUAAUUAUAAUUUUGGAAACAUUUUUGAAUAGGGAGGACUUAACUGAUGUGUGCAGUGUUGUCUGCAAUAGCUGCUCUUGUUGCUGGAACACAAACUAGAAACCUGUUUGCUACUUGCUGACUUCAUGUAGAAGAAUUCAGCAAAGUGUGUAUGGUAUGAAUGUGUGUGUAAAACAGAAUCAGUCAUGGAACCAACUAGGUACAUGUCAUGUUUUACUGAAUAAUUUUAAGUCAUGUUGUGUGUAUUUGUCUUGUCCUCUAACAUUAAAAUUUGGUUAAUACAAAUAUAUUUUUAUAAAUUUGAAGUACAGUGUGCCCCAUUUUUUAAGUGUUUCAUUGUUAAAAAAUAAGUGUACUAGAUUUGAUUCUUAACACUUACUGGCACAGAUGGAAAAAGCUAUUGGCUCCAAAAAUGUAAGAGGAAGAAACAUUCUCAAAGUGUGUGUGUAUUUACAAACCAAGCUGUAGAGAUCAAGAAAAGAACUUUUACUGUUCUCAAAUUUCUAAAUUGUCAAGAUUUAUAUGGAGUUGUGGUGGAACUAGUUAACACUUAGAGCUUUUGGUAUGUAAUGACUAUUUGCUAUGGACUGAUAUUAAAUGUUUCAAAGGAUUGCGUUAUUAAA